AUGAAAGAUGAAGAGCUCGUCAAAACACUUGAGCUGAACGUGAUUGUUCUCUCUGCCCAUCGCAAUCGUGAAAUCAGAUUGCAACCCGAUCCACAGAAUCCAGACAAGCAAACAAAACAGGUCACGAUAUGGAAUCGGACCCUCGAAUUCAAGGAGGGGGUCCACCUGUACGAGUCGCCAAAGGGUGACUUCCGGGUUGUGAAAAGUGUCUCCAAAGAUAAGCUAUCCAAAAGCAACAUAUCGGAGCUAGAUGUCCUCGGCCAAGUUUCGAGGAUUAUGGAACUUGAAAAGAAGUCGCUUUUUGUUCAGUUCCACGGGUGGUAUACGGCAGAUAAUUAUGUCUAUCUAGCUAUGGAAUACUGCGUUUUUGGAGACAUUAAGAAGUGUUUCCCCCAUCCACUUUCCGAAGCGAAAUCUCGGUCUAUAUGUGAGCAGUUGCUUGAAGGCUUGGUACUGCUACAUGACAUGGGGAUUGCUCACCGAGAUAUCAAGCCUGAGAAUGUACUCGUUGUGCAGAAGGAUCCGGUCAGAGUCAAACUCGCGGACUUUGAUAUCAGCAAGUGGGCUGCCAAAGGGCAAACUGAGCUGCGAACGGAAGGGAGAGGGACGCGAGGCUAUAUGGCUCCCGAAGCUUGGGGUCUAGUCGAUGACACUCAAGAAUAUUCAACCUACACCAAUGCCGUCGAUAUGUGGUCCCUUGGGUGUCUGUUGUACUUCCUGCUAACGAAGGAGGAGCCAUUCCUUGAAUACAGUUUUCUUGGUGACUACACCAAAGGAUUUGCUACCUUUCCAAUUUCUCCAUUGAUCGAUCAUGCAGUGAGCGAUCAAGCCCAACAUAUUAUCAUUUCUUUACUGGCACCCUUGCCUGAGGACCGUCCAAAAGCUUCUGUCGAUUUGAUCACCAACUGGACCGUUUUCGGAGAGAAUGAUGACGUACAUAAUUAUUCUUCUACAUAUGAGGCCCCAGAAAUAGCAACGUCGUCUAUCAUAUGUGCAGCUGAAGGUAGCAGCGUCCCAAAUGCGCCGCUGCACACUUCGCGGGACCAGGCGGCCCCUGGAGAUCGGUCCAGAAAUCCGAACUAUCAAGCACAACCAAAGAUCGGGGAAGAAAUGAGUUUCUAUUCCUAUGAGCUUUGGCAUGUGCUCAAGUCCACAAAGACCAAAUCUGCCAGCACGGAACAAGUGGUGUCUAUUCUAGAUCAGAACGGAAAUCCAAAUGUACUACACGAAGGAUACAAUGCUCUCCACUUUGCCGCAGAGCAUGGAAGCGUCGAGUGUGUUAAGGUACUGCUCGAAUACGGCGCAAAUGUGAACAGUGUUACAGAGCCCCAGCACGAGAACGCACUACACCUGGCGACCUGGCAAAGCGAUCUUGAUGAUUUUUUAAGGAAAUUACAAAUUCUUCAGCAGAGCCAUAUAGACCUCAACGCGCAAAACAAUGAUGGCGAUACUGUGUUGCAUUUAGCGAUUAGAAGAUUUGGGUCAGUGAAGGCGAUUGAGGCGAUACUCGAUACGGGUGCCUCGACGGAGAGGAAGGACACGAAAGGCCGUACUCCAUUGUGGUACGCAGUCUUUCUGAAACAAGAAGAAAAGGCACUCAAGUUGUUGGAGAGGGGUGCCGACAUAAAUUGCCAGAACGAGACUGGUCGCACCCUAUUGCACCUCGCAGUCGCUUCAAACAGGAUCAGUUCACAACUCAUUGAAGAUCUGAUUAGCGCAAAUAUCGACGUCAAUCGAAUUGACCACAAUGGAAACACGCCUCUUUUUGAUGCAGUCAAGCUGGGAGAUCGAAACAAGAUUCGCCUCCUUCGUUCUCAUGGUGCGAAAUGCAAUCUCAAUGAACCUGCAGAUCAGAGGAAUUCGGCUCAUGUCAACAUUUGGCAGAGUGUGAGCAACGCAUUAUCUUCAGUUUUUGACUGA